AGAUGCUAUAUAAAUAUAGAUUGAUUGUGUGUGACCAUAGACUGUAUACAAUAGUGUUUGACCAUUAAUGAGAUCGUAACAGGAACAACUUCUCAGCAAAUAUGAACUGCCAGCUCGAGGGAAAUAGUGUUAAAGCAUUUGGGAAGGCUAUUCAUGCCCUGUCACGGCUUGGAGAUGAGCUCUGGUUGGAUCCCAUGGUCAAAGGGCUGGCUCUGAGAUCGGUGAACUCUGCCCACUCUGCGUACGCCUGCUUCCUCUUCUCCCCACUCUUCUUCCGGAAGUACAACCUGCAGCCUGCGUCAGAGCAGGGUGGGGAAACUAUCAAAUGCAAACUAGCCAUGAAGUGUGUUCUCCCUCUUUUCCGGUGUUUACCAUCCAUUGAGCGUAACGUGGAACAGUGUCACAUAUCAAUCGGCUCUCCAAAUGACAAAGUGAUGAUCCAGUUUUUCUGCAGACAUGGUAUUACUAAAACCUAUAACCUUCAAUUCCAUGAAAGCGAGGCUCUGCAGGCAGUGUUUGCCUCACACCUCUGUCCCAAUGUGCUGAAAGCUCCUGCCAGGCUGCUUAGUGAUAUGGUGAUGCAUUUCCCAGUAUCCCAGGAGGAAAUCACUCUGUCUGUUAAUCCUCUGAGAGUCAGUCUUAAAAACUUCUAUGAGGCGGGAUACGAUCACAUGAAGAUGAUGUACACUGAGAUGUCCUUACACCCAGACGAGUUUGACUACUUUCAAGUCGAAGAGGACUCGGAUAUAACCUUCUGUCUCAAAGAGUUGAGGGGCUUCUUGUCCUUUGCAGAGUCACAUUGCCUUCCAGUCUCGGUCCACUGCAGCACUGCAGGAAAGCCUGUUUGCUUCUCAGUGGAGGACAUGGUCCUGGAGGCCACUGUGGUGCUGGCUACCCUUGUUGACUCUGAGAGCAGGGGGCCCUCUCAGCCUUCAGCGUCCCUGGCUCAUACGACACCAAGGUGUGCAGAGGCUGCUGAUCUACCUGUGGAGUCAUGUGAGGUGAACAUCAGUGAGCCUCAGGACAUCACUGAUCUGACAGAGCUGGUAGCAUCCAGUCAGGGCAGCCCAAUAAUCGACCCUCCCGCUCUGAAGCUGCUCCUGCCUCAGACUGCCAGACUCUUUGUGCCUGAGGACUGCACCAGUGCUGCCACUUCUCCUGCCUGCUCUGUGGUCUGCUCCCUCCUGUUCAGGGCCUUGUCCUCAGAGCAGGACUCUGGUUGUGCUGCCACGCUGCCUGUUCUGGCAUGUUUCAGUGACGAAGAGGAGAAUAUGGAGGAAGAAUACACUGAGGGCUUCUCACUUUGAGAGCUGUUACACAUGACUCCUGUUGUGAUGCUGUCUAAAUAUUCAAAUGUUGUCAAAUAAAUUGGAUCUUUGUUAUUACAUUAA